AACUACUAACACUAAUCUAAUAGUACCAAUAAAGGUUGUCAAACCCAUGACGAUUCUGAGGAAUCAAGAGAAUCCGGCGUCUACUCUGGCGUCUAAUUUACAUAUCUUUAAUGCUCAUAUAAUUCCAUUUACUUUAUCUACUACGUCGACUUCUAUUAAUAGCCCAUCCCAUCGGAAUCAAUUAGAUAUAUCCAUGGUAUCACCAAAUUUAAACCAUAAUGGUAACCAGGGUCAAAUCCAAGUAUCCAAACCAAAAAUUCGCGUGUUCUCCGAGAGCGACAUCUACCGAAAUCCAUUAACUAAUGGUACUAAUGUCGCACCGCCUCCUCCACCUCAUACAACGUCAUUACCUCAAAUAUAUGGUAUAAGUGAAUUAGAUACUGCGCCUACUCAAAAUCAUAGUCAAAGUCAUAGUCAAAGUCCAAGUCAAAGUCCAAGUCAUAUUCAAAGUCAUAACCAAACUCAUAUUUCACCUACUUCUAAAGACCGAAAUAGUAUGGACUCGGAAAUAUCAGCUAGUCUGGAUGAUUUCUUAUCAUUAACUACCGAAUUAAUAGAAGAAGAAGAUGAAGAAGAAGAUCCAAAUCAUGUUAAUGAAAUUGAAGAUAAUGAUGGAUUUAAUUUUCAAAGUACUCCCUUAAUAGAGGCAACAUCUCAUAAUGAUAAAUCACUUAAUAGUCAUGAUAAGACAGUAGAAGAAUUUCAAGAUAUGCCAUUAUCAAGUAAUACCCUUCCAUAUCCUUCAGAAAUUGGGAUUCAUACAUUAUCAAUUGAUCUGAUUGAUAAAGUUAUACCUUUACCACCAAUAAAGGAUCCUAAUCAAGAUACUUCUCCAACAGCAUUAACUACUUAUUUAACUAAUUCAACUUUACCUAAUGAUGUAAAUAGAUAUAGUCAAAGUUCAGUAGAGUUAUCUCAAAACUUUACUACUGAUAAACUUCAUGAAUUUAAACCUCCAAUAAGUCAUGGAUUAGUUAAUCAUGUUCGUCAAAGUUCAGAAUCUUCAACAAUCUCUAAUGCAUCUGCUACUUCAGUUUCAACUUUACCUCUGGAAAGAUCUAAUAAAGAUAUGAGAUUUGUUAGAUAUGCUAUGAAUACUCGAACUUCAUCAACCAGUGGAUCUGGUAAAUGGCUGAUGCCAAAUGUAUUAAAAUGGUUAGAAGAUAAUGGAUUUAAUAAUUCAUGGAAAGAAGUAUUUAAAAAGAAUGAAAUAUCCGGUAAUAGACUCCUAGAUUUAGAAAAUUAUGAUGUUAAUUCUCCAACAUGGCAACAAUUUUCAAAAUUAUUAAUUAUAGAUGGACCAAUUAAUAGUGUAGAAAGAUUUCUAGAAUUACUUAAAAAGGAAAUCUUUAGUUAUGAAUUAGAAAAUUUACAACAUAGUCGGAAAACUUCAGAUUCUCUGAUUUCACUGGAUACUUUAGGUACUACAUUAUCAGAUUAUGGGAAACCACCUAGUAAUUAUAGCAAACGUAGAUCAGUUGCAUCAUUAUCUCCUUCAGAUUCUACAUUUAAUUUAGGUUAUGGAAAUUUAAAAUCAUCAAAACAAAGACCCUUUUCAUAUAUUGAUCCAAGUACAUUUAAAAAUUCAGGUUUAGAUUUUGCAUCAUCUGUAUCUUCUAAUUUUUUAAGAAAACAUAAUCGAACAAGAUCUAAUGAAGGUAGUACUCAAAAGGAUAAUGGAGGAAUUAAUAAUGGAUCGAAUGGUAAAAGUCAUAAUGAUGAAAGUCCAACUUCUAGAUUUCUUAAGGCUACAGCCUUUGGUCAAAGUACCAAGACUCCUAAAGAUUCCAAAAAGGGUGGAUUUAUUAAUACUCUUAAGAAAUAUAGCGUUGAUAAAUCAUCAAAACUGAAACUUGGCCAUAGUUCUAAAAAAUCUGGAGAAACAACUAUUCCUCAAACAGUUCAAGAAAUUUCUCCUGAAAUGACACUAACAUCAACAUCAAUAUCAGCAUCAACAUCAACAUCAUAUAAUAAUGUAGAAAAAGUUAUUAUAAGACUGAAUGGUCGUAUUAUAAGUCCAGUGGAUGGACCAAAGACUUUACCUAGUCCAAUUGAAAUUCCUAGUCCAAGUCCAAGACCAAGUCCUAUUGAAAGUGCUCAUACAACAUAUAUUAAUCUUGAAGAGAAAUAUUUACCUAAGGCUAAAGAACAAAAAUCCAUUAUAACUACAACCACCAUAUUAGUUAGUGAUGAUAAUAAGAAAUUUAUACCUGUAUUAUUAUCAGAUAAUGAUAAAUUAAGUUAUACAGCCAUUAAAUUAAAAGUAAUUGAUUCAUUAGGACUUGUUGAUCCAGAAGAUGUUACUUUCCAUUUAACAGAUUUUGGAGCUGAAGAAGGUUUAGCCUUACCUGAAGAAAUAUUAUUACAAGUAUUAAAGACUCAAGAUACUUGUAAACUUGUAAUUCAUCAUUCAGUUCAUUCACCAGAUACUACAGCUUUUUCAACUACUUCAUCAGAUUCAAAAUCUUUUGAAUAUAAUCAUACACCUCAAUAUCUUCUUGAAAGUUCAAAAGAUAAAGAUACAGAUUAUUUAAAUUUUAAGGGAGAUUAUAUGUUACGACAAAUUCAUGCUAAACGAAAUGUUUUAGAUGAUAUUGCUAGUAAAUCAUAUAGAAAACAUUUAAAUAAUCAUGAUUUCCCUAUGCAUUUAGAAAUCCCAGCUAAAAGAAUCAUAUCCAGUGAAUCUAUUAGAAAAGAUGAACUGCCAUCUUCAUCAUUUAAGAUUCUACCUCCUCGAGAAAAUUUAAUUGAUUUUGAAAAGAGAAGAGAGAAUAAACAAUUUCAAACUGCUCCCAAACCAAUUGCAACUAUACAAGAUUCUUCAUUAACUGAUGCUCAUAGAUCUCCUGUAUCAGCAACUACAGUUUCAAUUUUAAAAGAUGAUAAAAAGAGUCCCAUUGGUCCAAGUAAUUUAUCAGUAUUUGAAGGUCAAUCUCGAACUUCAAGUGAUAAAGAUAAGGAUAAAGGUAUAGUACCUAAAAGAAAGGCUCCACCACCUCCACCACCAGAUCUUAGAAGAACUAGUUCAAUUCUGAGAAGAAAUAGAAAAUCAUCUAUCUCUAGUAUUACUAGUUCACUUAUAGAUCGAAAAUAUACUUCCAGUAGUAGAAAUUCCAGUAUUAAUUCUCGAAGAAAUGAAGAUUUAUUUAAAGAAAAUACCAUUAUUUUUGAUGAUGUAGCUAUAUCAGAUAUUAAACCUGAUAGUAUAGGUGAUGAUCAAUUCUUUAUUAAACCUGCCAUUAGAAGGUUUUCUUUAAGAGAUAGAGCCAAUAGUAAUCUAAAUAAUAAUCCUUUAGGUGUUAGACCUCCUAUAUUGGAAGUAUAUGAGAAUUUUGAUAGAUAUUUCUCAGGAACUGAUCUUGAAAAGCCGAUAAUUAAUGAACCUACGUCUACACCUAAUCCCAAUGCCAAUCCCAAUUCCGAUUCCAAUUCCAAUUCCAAUUCCAAUGCCAAUGCCAAUGCCAAUGCCAAUGCCAAUGCCAAUGCCAAUGCCAAUGCCAAUGCCAAUGCCAAUUCUAAUUCAAAUUCUAAUGCUUCUGAAUUAGUUCCAAGUAGGAAACCUACAAUUUCCAGAACAUUUUCUAAUGCCAAUAAGUCUCCUAUAACUCCAAAGGAAUUUGAACCUGAAGUAGGUAAUGGUAAUUUUGGUAGAGGUAGAUUAAAAUCUAUUCGAGCUGCUUGUAUUGAAGCCAAGCAUAAUUAUAAGAAUAAUAAAAGCAUAAAGAGAUCAAAUACAAAACUUUGGGGUACUAAAGGUAUUGAACUUACUGGACUUGCAGAAGUUAAGUAUGUUGGAAAUAGUCAGAAUGGAGAUUUUAAAGAAUUUGCUUGGAUUAAAGGUGAUGAGAUUGGUAGUGGAUCAUUUGGUACAGUAUAUUUAGGAUUUAAUGUUACUACUAAAGAAAUGUUUGCUGUAAAGCAAAUUGUAUAUAGUCCUAAAUCACAAAUUUCAGUUGAUUUAUUAAAGGAAGUAGAAAAUAUGAAAGAUUUACAUCAUGAAAAUAUCGUUCAAUAUUUAGGACAUUCACAAAGAAAUAAUGAAUAUAAUAUCUUUUUAGAAUAUGUUCCUGGAGGAUCUAUUGGAUCAUGUAUUAAGAGUGUGGGUAAAUUUGAUGAACCAUUAGUAAGAUUUAUUAUUAAACAAGUAUUAUCUGGUUUACAAUAUCUUCAUGAUAAUGGAAUAUUACAUCGAGAUUUAAAAGCUGAUAAUCUAUUAUUAGAUGAUAAAGGUACUUGUAAAAUAUCUGAUUUUGGAAUUUCUAAACGUUCAAAAGAUAUAUAUGCUAAUGAUAUGAAGAAUUCAUUUAAGGGAACUAGAUAUUGUAUGGCACCAGAAAUCUUUAAAAAUCGGAAUUAUGUUGGUUAUAGUGCUAAAGUUGAUAUUUGGUCAUUAGGAUGUGUUGUUAUAGAAAUGUUUACUGGUAAACGACCUUGGUCAGGUACUAAAUCAGCUGAACAAUUUGUUGAAGAUAUUGAACGGAAAUUAUCUCCCGAUGUAUCUAUGUCAUCAGAAGCUAUGAAAUUUAUUAUGAGAUGUCUUACUAUUGAUUCUGGUAUAAGGCCAACUGCUCAACAAUUAAGUGAUGAUGAAUUUACUGUACCCGAUCCAAAUUUUACAUUUGAAACUACUAAAUUAGCUGAAGCUAUUCGAGCUAGAAAUAAAUCUUAAAUAGGUUAACAUGUAUUUAAUCUAUAUAUA